UUCAAAUGAAAUAAAACCAUUACCGUUACCAUUACAAUAUAUUAAUAUAACAAUGCAAGCACAUUAGCAACAAAAAACAUUGAUUUUUGUUCAAAUAAGCACAAAGUCGAUCUGAUCACACGAGUAUCGAUCCGCCACCCCCACUAUUGUGUACCAACAUAGUAUGGAUUAAUUGUACGUGUAUGGUACUUCCUCACUGGCCCGAUGCCCAAUGCCCAAUGCAGACCGCUGCCAUUGCAUAAGAGGCGGUGACGUAACUCGGGGCCAGCGCGCUCGGAGGCACCGGAGCCCGGAGGAGGGCGAAGGAGGAGGCGGGGGACUUGCCCAGGGGACACCGGUACUGCCGCACCUCGCUCCGAGUCCUCUCACUGCUCAUUCGGUUCUUGCUUCCGAACUCGGCGAGGCUGGUCCAAGCCCGUCUUCCGGGAACUCUCGUGAAGACAGGAAGUGGUCCCGAUGGCAGCGCAUGUUUUGAAAUGUCUGCGUCGGCCUGGACGCUAGAACAACAGGUGUUUGUGGUGAAAGUGAUGGACUAUGAUCAAUUUGACGCGCCCCCUGCUGAUAAUUCCAUCAAAAGAGGAGGAAACGUGUCCAAGAAGACUCAUUUGACCCAGAUUGAAGUUAUCCCGUGCAAGAUCUGCGGUGAUAAGUCCUCUGGAGUGCAUUAUGGAGUCAUCACAUGCGAGGGCUGCAAGGGAUUUUUCCGUCGUAGCCAGCUGCCCACGGUGUCCUACUCCUGCUCCAGACAGAGUAACUGCACCAUCGACCGGUCCAGCCGCAACCGAUGCCAGCACUGCCGCUUGCAGAAGUGCUUGGCCCAAGGCAUGAGCAAAGACGCCGUGAAGUUUGGACGCAUGUCCAAGCGCCAGCGCGACUCCCUCAUCGCUGAAGUGGAGCGGCACCGACAGCAGCAGCAGCAGCAGCUACAAAUGGACGCCCAGUCAGGCUCGUCCUACACCACCAAGGAGCGCCAAGACUGCUCCUCACAGCUGCUUCAGCCCGUGGCUUCAGCCUACUCCUACAGCGCGGAGUCUGAACUUCUGUCCUUCACCGCUGAUGUCCACCCCUACCUUCUGUGCUCCCCCAACCAGCCGCAAGUGUCUGAUAUCAUCUACAGGAGCUCCGCUAUCUCGCCAUCUUCCAGAACUCUCAUGAGGUUGGACGCCAGUGGACACGCUGACAUAAGAGGAUUGGACUCGAGAUCAUCGUCACAUGACCUGAUGGCGAUUCAUCCCUACAACCAGACCGAGGACCCUCGCGGCCCCUACUCGCGUAAUAUAGAUGAGCUGUGCGCCAGCAUCGUCCGCUCCAACAAGGACACCUCCCAGUUCCGAGCGGAGGAGCUGCACGCGCUCAAGUGGAAGGUGUUCAGCAGGGAGGAGGUCCAAGCCUACCAGAACAAAUCAGUGGAUGAGAUGUGGCAGCACUGCGCGGUUCGUCUGACCGAUGCGGUGCAGUACGUGGUGGAGUUUGCAAAACACAUCCCCGGGUUCCGUCUGCUCAGCCAGAACGACCAGAUCGCCCUCCUCAAGACAGGUUCCAUGGAGGUGGUUCUGGUGAGGAUGAGUCGCUCCUUCAACACCGACAACAACACCGUCUUCUUCGACGGCAAAUUCGCCGGAAGUGAAGUCUUCAAGUCUUUGGCGUGCACCGAUUUGAUCGCGGCCGUGUUCGACUUUGCGCACAGCCUGUGCGCUUUGAAGCUCACCGAGCAGCAGGUGGCGCUCUUCAGCGCUCUGGUCUUGAUCAAUGCAGAUCGCCCGUGUCUGGAGGACAGAGUCAGGGUGCAGCGAGUGCAAAGAAGCGUGGAAUUGGGUCUGACACACGUUCUACGCAGAGACAACCGGGACAGCCUGAUGCAUAAGCUGUACCAGAGGAUGUCCGUGUUGCGUUCACUGUGCAGUCUGCACAUGGAGAAGUUGCGCUGGUUCAGUCGCCGCUACCCGCUUACCGCUCACACUCUCUUCCCUCCUCUCUACAAGGAGCUGUUUGCUUCUGAGGCGGAGCUGCUGCUUCUGCCCGAGGCCACACACUGAUCAAACACACACACACACACACACACACACCGACAACCGAUGACGUCAACGCCAAUCAUCAAUAGUAACAUCACGGUAAACUGUACAUGCAUACCGUAUUUUCCAGAAUAUUCAUUCGCACUUUUUUUUCCCCACGGUUUGACUGGUCCUGCCACUUAUACUCUGGGCGAAUUACUAUGUAUGUUUUUAUUCUACACACUCACAGCCACAAGAGGGCGCUCUAGCCUUGCGGUGCCAGUAUCUGCUACUCCCAUCACGCCCGUACCACCGAAUAUUUACAAAGUAAACAUCGACUGAAAAAGAUGGAUUACAAUCUGUAAGCAAGGGUAGUUAUGCUGUGUUCUUUAGGGUAAUGUUUGUUAGUACGAAUAACUGUUAGCAUAUGUUAGCAUACCGCAUAUUCACGUUACGUAUUUAGCUUGUUGUUCUCCGUUAACUUGAAAGUCAAUUUCCCUCCCAAAAUGGGACUUAUAUGUAUUUAUUUUUUUUAUUCGUGAUUUGUUUUUAUAGUCCGGAAAAUACAGUAAUACAUACAUAAUACAUGAUCUAUUUUUGUAAUUUGGAGAGUAGCCAUCGGUGACGUGGUCUGAGCUUGUAAGAAUAUAUCAUUCCGAUAAUUCAGUAUUAUUUUCAUAUCUUGAUGCUAUUUUGAAAUAUUCCAGACAAGCCUAUUUUUUUCUUCUUCUUGUUGUUAAUGCUACGUGUAAAUAUUUCUAUAAGUAUAAGAUAGCUUGCACUAUGACGUGAGUGUGUCCAGUUAUAAGCUGGUUUUGAUGCACGUGAAAAAACAAUGCUGAAAAAGGUUUGACUGGUGGAGCCUCGGUUAGCGUCCGCUCGUUGAAAACACACAAUUUUGACACAAUCUGUAUUUAUAUGCAUUUCCAGUUGUUUUCUGCAUAUUAAUGUAUACUUCUAAAACCAUAAAAAUGCAUUUUGUGUCACCA